AUGAACCCAGAUAAUUUAGCUAUGGAAGACCCCCAGAUUUUAUUGCUUCCGAACACAAUCCUCAGAAACGCUCCAGUCUCUUCUGGCGUUUCCCGCUACCGUACGUCGCACCUGACGAGCCAAUUUGCCCGUGGCUCGCUAAGUUACAGAAAAACAAACAUCUCUCUAUCAUACUCGAGUACUGUACAGGGGUUCCUAAUGUCAAGCUUUUCCCCCAGACAUCGCAAACUGAUAAUUAAGCUUCCUAACAUCAACCAGAUAGCUCCCAGAACUUCUAGCAUCUAAGGAGAUCGGGGGCAUGGUAUUAGCUUGGGUCCAGGCGCUAUGUCUUUGUGCUCACUUAAACCGAGUCUCAGGCACACUUUUGAGUCUCACACUGAGAGUCUAACUCGACCAACAUUCACCGCCCAUCACCGCCGAUCCGGAAACUACCCCUGUGGCGGCGAGGAUGUGCGUCUGGGGCACCACCUCGGUAGUAGUCUACAAGUAUUUAGUAAGAAUUACCUGUGUUCAGGUACUUUUUGCCCGUAACCUGUAAGGUCUAUGCCUCCAGUCCAAACACAGGUACCGGUAUUCUACCCAGGACCAGUCGUUCUGAUCUGAUUCGGAUGUGGAAAUUAUCCGGCAAAAAAAUACCCCGGUAA